UAACUUGACAUGCGCAGUAGACUGUGUUCAUAUCAGGGGCUUACAUUGCACUAUCUGGUUACAAUUACUUGAGCGAUUUAACAGUAGGUUACAGGUUAGAAUUGCUGUGACAAGUUGUUCCAGACACUACUGUAUGAUUUUCCGAAAAUAAUAAUUAUUUUUCGAAAGGACAUAACCGGAAGAUUCCAGUCGGGCGAGAGGUGAGCAGCUGUCAUGGAUGACAUGAGAAUAGUCCUGGACAAAAAUGCGACGGAGUUGACUGUUAUGGACGUUUAUGACAUCGCCGCGGUUAUGGGUCUGGAGUUUGAACACAUUGCCGAUCAGUUUGGGUGCGAGGCUUUACUGCGGCUGAUGCCUAAAGUGGUCCGGGUUUUGGAAAUGCUGGAGGUGCUCGUCGCCCGCAAUAACAACUCAGAGACAGAGGAACUACGGCGCGAUCUGGACAUGUUGCGUUUGGAACGGAAAGAUAGAUUGGAGAAAGAGAAGAUACGUCUACGGGAAUUGGAGCUGGUGGAGGAUGUUUGGAGAGGGGAGGCCCAAGACCGACUGUCUCAGAUCACACAGCUGGAGGUGGAGAACAAGAGGCUUCAGAAGAGUCUGUCCCUCAAAGACUCACACGUGACUGAGGAGGAGCUGCAACGAAAGGAGGGUGUAUCAGAGAGAGAGCAUCAGGUGAUGAUGAAACUGAAGGACAUGGUAGACAAACAGAGGGGUGAUAUCCAGGAGAAGGACCAUGAGCUGAAUCUCAAGAAUGAGGACCUGAAGGCGCUUCAGCUGCAGCAUCACUGCCUGAGGAAGAUCAACCUGGAGCUGCGGCACAGGGUCAGGAUGAUGGACGCUCAGUGCAAAACAGUGAUCCAGCAGAAGGCUGAGGUUGAGGCUAUGUCCCAGGGGCGUCAGCAGGAGCUAGAGGCCCUGCGGCAGGAAGUGGCAAGGCUGAAAGAGGAGCGCCAACAUUGGAAGCUGAAGCGGGCAGAAGAGGAGGUGAGAGAAGAAGAGUGCUUUGAGUCAGCAGAUAGUCAUUCACUCUGCGCCGUGUGUGAUGAGGUGCCUGAUGCCCUGGAACUGAAGGAGGAUGACAGUCCCCGCUUCACCCUCCAGGAGCUACAAGACGUCCUGCAGGAAAGGAAUGAACUCAAAGCCCAAGUGUUCAUGCUGCAAGAAGAGCUCAUUUACUACAAAAGCGAGGAGUUGGAAGAUGAGAUUAACGGUGUCUGCUGCGAUUCACCCCAUGAGUCAGAGCCUUCAACCACUGAAGAGCCUGCCUCAAGGAUCAAACACCUGAUAUUCACUGCGGUAAUGCCAAUGGUAGCAGCAGGGUUGAUUGCAGAUGAUCCAACGUUGCAGCCCAUCAGACGGUUUAUGUCCUUUGUAUGAACUUUUACAUGUUCUCUUUUUUUGAGAUGUCAUUGUUCUUCAGCCAGUCUCCUCCAAUGUGCCAACACCUUUCCAACCCCCACUUCAAAUGCAAUAUCUUUAAUUUAAUUUAAACAAAUCUUUGUGAUCAUGUUUAAAUUAUCUGGUGUGGGGAGUAUGAGUAGUAUUGGGUAAGGAACACUUGCCUUGCAAAAUAAUUCAAAAGCCUUUCAUAUUACUAAAUUACAAAUGGUAUAUAGAAAUGUUGAUUUGUUUUAGAUUCUAUUUAAAAACUUUGUUUGAUCAAAAUGAAUUCUAGUAUGGUGACAUCUGGUUGGAUGACACUUGUGGACUGACAUUUUCACAGUGCCCCAGACUGUCAGUGGCAUUGAGGUUUUUGUGUAAAUAAUGUAUUGCUUUUGAUAUUAGCAGUAUUUUUUUAAAUCAUGAUAAAGAAAUGUAUGUGAAUAUUGUAACGUAAGUUCCUUAUUUCUCUCAUUGGACCUCUCCAGGUUUAGCAUCUUCUCAAGAGACAAAAGGCAACUAGACAAAUUGCUGGGUUUGUGGGGAAGUGGAGAUAUUCACAAAGAGCAGACCCUAAGGCAUCCAUCCUCUUGGACCUAUAAUGUCCCAUGUUGAUCAUCUCCACGUUUUAAACAGUAUGGGAAAUGGCUUGUUGUCAAUGUACACACAAUUGUCAUUGGAAUGCGCCAAAACAGCAAGUACAAACCAUUUUAUUUAGGGAAGUGACAAAGGAAGAAUUAUUGUUGCACUGGUAGAAUACAGUACCACAAAUUUUCCGAGACAGGACAUUUCAGAUGACUCCUCGGGGCAUCGUUUGUCAAGAUAGCUUGCUUUUCAGGCAUAGAGUGAUACUACUUCUUGGCAGAUUUGAGUAUGAUUACCCUAUGAUGAGGCAAUGAAGAAAGUUAUGAAGAUGUCAAGAGGUAAUGUCCAGAUCAAUUUCUCCUGAGGGGACAAUGAGAGAUUACUUCUGGAGGAAUUAAUGUGCAAUUUGAAAGAUAGUAAAAAUAAAGUGCAGUCUGAGAAAUAUCCUGUGCCUUUUAAAUAUGUUGUUGUUGUGGUGCUUAAUACUAGCAAUAAGUAUUUGUCUUUAAGAACAUUAAAAUGUUUGCUUUAUCAGUAAAAACAGAUUUACGCUACGUUUGAUAAUGUGGGACAAAAAUUUGUGAAAUAUUAUUCAUGCAAUAUUAUGGUUUUAUAUGAUGUAACUGUAUCCAUCAUUAAAAUUGUAUUUAUGUAUUAAGAUUUUAUUUACUACUAGUGUCAGUAUUUUCUUCAUGUAACACUGGCAUCUACAGGUCAUAAAUUGCACCCUCUUAAAUUAACAUGCAUUGCAUCACACACUAUUUUAAAGCCCAUAUCAUAGUGUGUUACAAACUGGACUGUAGGUGGUAACUUACUGAAAAAAUUAUGAUUGGAUUUCACAAUUGUUAGGCUAUGUGAUGUCAUGCUGUGGUAUACAGUCUCAUAUACAACAUUCAGGACAUGAACUACCCCAUUAACAUUUCAAGAUGAUGUAAUAAAUACUUUGUGAAGCCUCAAUUAAAUAAGAUUGAUCAAGCCUUUAUUUGAUAGUACAUAGUCCCCUGUAAUAAAGCACU